AUGUUGAAAUUUGAUGAUAUUUUUAAUGCACUAGAUUGGUUGCCUGAUCCUAUUUUUUCUACAAUUGACAAAGAUCAUUAUACUAAAUUUCAAGCAGUAUAUCAGGCAACAAUAUCAGAACAAUAA